AUGGCCCCAGAAGGAGCGCAGGAGGCGGCCUGCAGCAGGAAAGAUGGAGCCGAGGCAGAGAAGGACGAGGAACGGGGCAGGUUUCUGGCUGUGGAGAAAAACUGGAGGCCCUGGCCGAAAACGCGGAGGCAGCUCAGAGGUUGCCUGGAGUGCAUCAAGGCCCAGCUGUUCCGCGUGGGGGACGACUGGUACUUCCUCUUCGCCCUGGGCGUCUUCAUGGCCCUGGUCAGCUUUGCCAUGGACUUCACCGUCUCCAAGAUGGCCAACGCCCACGCGUGGCUUUACCGAGAGGUUGGCGAUUACCCGGUGCUGAAGUACCUCUCCUGGACCAUGUACCCCAUCGCGCUGUCGGCCUUCUCCACGGGCUUCGCCCAGAGCAUCACGCCGCACUCCGGAGGAUCCGGCAUCCCCGAGCUGAAGAUCAUCCUGACGGGGGUCAUCCUGGAGGAGUACUUGGCCAUUGAGAACUUUGGGGCCAAAGUCAUUGGUCUGACCUGCACCCUGGCCUGUGGCAGCACCAUCUUCCUUGGGAAAGUGGGGCCUUUCGUCCACCUCUCCAGCAUGCUCGCUGCCUACCUAGGCAGGAUUCGGACCAGCGUCUCUGGGGAGUACGAGAACAAGAGCAAGCAGAACGAGAUGCUGGUGGCAGGAGCGGCUGUUGGCGUGGCCACCGUCUUCGGGGCUCCCAUUAGCGGGGUGCUGUUCAGCAUCGAGGUGAUGUCCUCCCACUUUGCUGUCCGGGACUACUGGCGGGGCUUCUUCUCAGCCACCUGUGGGGCCUUCAUGUUUCGCCUGCUGGCCGUCUUCAACAGCGAACAAGAAACCAUCAUGGCGCUCUUCAAGACCAACUUCAAGAUCGAUUUCCCCUUUGACCUGCCGGAGACCUUCUUCUUCAUGUUCCUGGGCGUGGUCUGCGGGGCGGUGAGCUGUGCCUACCUCUUCUGCCAGCGAUGGUUCCUGGGCUACGUCCGGAGGAAUCGCUUCACGGCCAGACUGCUGGCGACAGAGAAACCUCUUUACUCGGCACUGGUGGCCCUCCUGCUCUCAUCCAUCACCUUCCCGCUUAGCCUGGGCCAGUUCAUGGCCUCCAGGCUGAACAUGAAGGAACUCCUCACCUCCCUCCUUGACAACCACACCUGGAGCGUCCUUUCCCAGAAUGCAUCACUGGCCAGGCCGCUUCAGGUUGACUCCAAUGGCCUGUGGCUCGAGUGGUGGGACCCAAACAUCACCAUCUUUGGCACGCUGACGGUCUUCCUAGUGAUGAAGUUCUGGAUGCUGAUCCUGGCCACCACGAUGCCCAUGCCUGCUGGGUAUUUCAUGCCUGUCUUCAUUUACGGAGCUGCCCUCGGGCGAUUGGUGGGGGAAGCCGCCGCCUUCCUUUUCCCCCAGGGCAUCACCUCAGGGGGUUCCUUCAGCCUCAUCACUCCUGGAGGGUACGCGCUGGCAGGAGCGGCUGCCUUCUCAGGCUCCGUGAUGCACAGCCUGUCCACGGCCUUGCUGGCCUUUGAGGCCACGGGGCAGAUCGCCCACAUCCUGCCCGUCACCCUGUCGGUGCUGAUCGCCAACGCCAUCGCCCAGAAGUUCCAGCCCUCCUUCUACGACGGCACCAUCAUCGUCAAGAAGCUGCCCUACUUGCCUCGCAUCCGCAGCAGGCACAUCGGCUCCUACAAGGUCACUACACAAGAGUUCAUGAAUACCCAUUUGGUCACCCUGGCCAAGGACGCGACCUUCCGGGACAUCCUCGGAGUGGUCACCUCGACCGAUGACCCGGAGUACCCCGUGGUCGACAGCACUGAGUCCGCGAUGCUGCUGGGUAUGGUCCAGAGGUCCGAACUCAUCAGCUUUCUCCAGACCCACGAUGAUGCCGGCCUGCCCCACACCGAGCAGGAGGGAGAGCCUCCGCCUCGCCAGACGCUGGGAGGGGGCUGCACCAUCAGCCCGGUGACCCUGCAGCUGUCGCCCUGGAUGUCCCUGCACCAGGCCCACAACCUCUUUGAGCUGCUGAACCUGCAGCGGGCUUUCGUCACGCAGCUGGGGAAGGUGGUGGGGCUGGUCUCCAGGAACGAGAUGAGGAAAGCCAUUGAAGACCUGGCAAAUCCCAAACCAACGAAGUAGAGAGACAGAGAGAGUGAG